AUGCUUCUCCCCAAUACUGACCCUGAGGCGUUUUCGAUCCUGCUUGAUCUAAUGCACUGCCGCACGCAGGAAGUUCCUACCGCGGUGACCUUUGAUGAGUUGGUCGAGCUGGCUGUCCAAGUCACCUACUUCAAAUGCCACGGAGCUCUGGGGCUGUAUCCCGCGAGAUGGAUCGAACAUUUGAAGGCGAAACGUCCCAACACUUACUGUGAUGAGAUCGUCAAGUGGAUUUUCGUUUCUGGGGUGUUCAAUGAUUGCGAGCUUUACGCGUCUGUUACCUGCUUGGCGAUGCGACAGAGCAAGGACAUCAUCAAUACGCUGGAUCUUCCUAUACCGCUAUCUGUUACAGACACUAUCAAUCGGAAAAGGAAAAGUCUGCUGUACCUUUUAUUCAGAGAUGUGGAAGUGAGACGUAAUAGAUUAGAGGCAGGCGAGAUCACCUGCACUUUCGAGUGCGACUCGUUCAGACUAGGGACACUUAUGAAGCAAAUGAAGGCCCACGGACUGCCAUGGCCGCGCGAGAAUCUCGAUUAUAACGGCCUUGCACCAGAAAACGUGGCUAAGGAAAUCCGCGACUUCGAGAAACCGAGCUCCAAGGUGUCUUGCAAAGGUCGGUGCAGUGGACUUCUUGGACCUAGAGCAGUCGAAGAGCUCAUAUACCAUCGAACAAAAUCGUCUGGACUUAUCUUGAUACCGGAACAAUGGCGUUGA